CGGAGCGGGCGCGCGCCAGGAGCACCUCUGGCCGCGGCGGGAGCGAGUGGAGGAUGCUGGGAAAGAGGUAACAUGGCCACCGGCGGCGGAGCAGAGGAGGAGCCACCGCGGGGCCGGCCGCAGGUCUCGCUCGCCGCGCGGCCCGUGCCCCGCGCCGAGGAAACCGAGGGCGUCCGCGAGAAGAUGGGCUGGGCACAGGUGGUUAAGAACCUGGCGGAGAAGAAAGGCGACUUCCGCGAGCCGCGGCGGCGCGAAGAAGCAGGCAGCGGUGCGAGUGGCGCGCUCGAUAGCCCCGGGGGCCUGGCCGCACCGGAUCCCAGUGACUUCCCCCCCGCCGGUCGAGGGGACCCAAAGGGCCGCCGGAGAGACCCUGCGGGUGAGGCGGCAGACGCUUACAGAAAGAAGGGCGCGGGCGGCGCGGGAGACCCCGGUCGAAGGAAGAAAAGCGAGGUGGCAGGGACGGCGGCGGCCAUGGCGACCCCCGCCAGGCCCGGCGCGACCGAAGAUGCAAGUGAGCGACCGCUGCAGGACGAGCCACCGGCUGCUGGUCCCGGGAAGGGCCGCUUCCUCGUGCGCAUCUGUUUCCAGGGAGACGAGAGCGCCUGUCCGACCCGGGACUUCGUGGUGGGAACGCUCAUCCUGCGCUCCGUCGGCAUGGACCCGGACGACAUCUACGCGGUCAUCCAGAUCCCCGGCAGCCGCGAGUUCGACGUGAGCUUCCGAUCGGCCGACAAGCUAGCCUUGUUCCUCCGCGUCUACGAGGAGAAGCGGGAGGUGGAGGACUGCUGGGAGAACUUCGUGGUUUUGGGGCGGAGCAAAUCCAGCUUGAAGACCCUCUUCAUCCUCUUCCGGAACGAGACCGUGGACGUGGAGGAUAUCGUGACCUGGCUCAAGCGUCACUGCGACGUGCUGGCCGUGCCCGUGAAAGUGACCGACAGGUUUGGGAUCUGGACCGGGGAGUAUAAGUGCGAGAUUGAGCUGCGCCAGGGGGAGGGCGGAGUGAGGCACCUGCCCGGGGCCUUCUUCUUGGGAGCAGAGAGAGGCUAUAGCUGGUACAAGGGGCAGCCCAAGACGUGCUUUAAAUGUGGUUCCCGGACCCACAUGAGCGGCACCUGCACUCAGGACAGGUGUUUCAGGUGCGGGGAAGAGGGGCACCUGAGCCCUUACUGCCGGAAGGUCAUCGUGUGCAACCUCUGUGGCAAGAGAGGACAUGCUUUUGCCCAGUGUCCCAAAGCAGUUCACAAUUCCGUGGCAGCUCAGCUCACUAGCGUGGCGGGGAACUGAACGCGCAUCCGUCUGCCAGGGUGGACACACAGCCAGCUUACCCCUCUUAAGUGCCAAAACUAAUUGUUUAAAGACUUUUUUUUUUUUUUUAAAUCGUUUUGGACGGAGAUAUUUCUAAAACCUACCAGAGACGUUCUCUCUAUGCCUUUUUUAAACCGCGUGUGCUCCUUUUCGGCCUGUUUGAAAUGGUGAAUUUUACGAGUAAGGACUGUUCGGAACUGUAGAGUGCAGAUCUGUUGCCUG